UCCGGCGGGCGGGUGUCGGGGGCGCGCGGGCCCGGCGCUGAGGGGUCUCCGCCGGUAGCAUGCUGCUCUUGCGGCAGCUGCACGAGGCGGCCCUGAGGCGGCUGCUCGCGCCCGCCGGGGGGCCCGCCGCCAAGCCCAAGGCCUCCGAGGUGCUGAGCCGCCACCUGCGGCAGCGGGGCCUGCCCCACUGGACCUCGUACUGCGUGAAGUACAGCGCCGUGCGCAACGACCAGUUCGGCCUCUCGCACUUCAACUGGCAGGUGGACGGCGCCAACUACCACGUCCUGCGCACGGGCUGCUUCCCCUUCAUCAAGUACCACUGCUCGCGGGCCCCGCGCCGCGACCUGGCGCUGCAGAACGCCGCCUUCACGGCCCUCAAGCUCCUCAACGCGGGCAUCCCAACUUUAUUAUAUGGAAUUGGCUCCUGGUUUCUUGUUAGUGUCACAGAGACUGUUCACACAAGUUGUGGCCCAGUUACUAUUUAUUUUCUGAAUAAAGAAGAUGAAGGUGCCAUGUACUGAAAUUGUGCUUUCAAGCACUCAUUUGGUGGGUUUUCACAGCUGUGGGUAUUUAUAUAUUCCUGCUGCUUUAAAAUAUAAACAACUUAAAAGCAAA